GCUUUCAGUCGGAAUGAAGAACUCACAGAGCACCCAAGAUACAAAACCCUCAACUCAUGCUUCACAUGAACCAAAAACAGAACAGCAAAACAACCAAACAGCAGAUGGCCCCGUAGCAGACUCUGGCUCUUUAUCUGCUUCAAGCAAUGACAGCCGAAAAGUUUCACGCCAAGAUAUUGAGCUUGUCCAGAAUUUAAUUGAACGAUGCUUACAAUUAUACAUGACUAGGGAUGAGGUUGUCAAAACCCUCCUUAAUCGAGCGAGGAUAGACCCUGGAUUUACAACUUUAGUGUGGCAGAAGCUGGAAGAGGAAAAUGCUGAUUUUUUCAGUGCCUAUUAUAUAAGGUUGAAGUUAAAGAAGCAAAUCAUUUUAUUCAACCAUUUGCUCGAGCAUCAGUAUCAUCUGAUGAAAUAUCCUGUGCCUCCAAAGGUUCCUCUGGCCCCAAUACAAAAUGGGAUUCAUCCCAUUCCCGUUAACAACUUACCAAUGGGAUACCCUGUGCUGCAACAACCUCCGAUUCCAGUUACAGGACAACCUCAUAUUGAUUCCAUGGGUAUAUCAAGCUGUCAUAUGGUCGAUGGAGUCCCUGCUUCCAGCAAUUUUCAACCUAUGCGGAUGAAUUCUGGGAAUGACAUGGUGAUGGACAACAAUGCUAGUGAUGCAAUACACACAUUUCCUCCAACAACUGCCAUGCCAUCUAUGUCAGAGAUGCCUGGACCUGAUAAUGGAGCUGGGAAUUCUAGAGAUUCCCUUAGAUCAUUUGAUCAGAUUCAGUGGAAUUUCAGUCUCACAGAUCUGACAGCAGAUUUGUCGAACUUGGGAGAUUUAGGAGCCCUUGGAAACUACCCCGGUUCUCCUUUUCUUCCUUCUGAUUCGGAAAUGUUGCUUGAUUCUUCAGAGCAAGAGGAUAUAGUGGAGGAAUUUUUUGUCGAUUCCGUCCCCGUGCAGCUGUGCUCCCCAUAUGAUGAAGAAAAAUCCUAGGCCAAGGUGAGUGUUGUAGCUUAUCUUCUUCAAGUUGUUAGGAUAGGUUAGAGUUAGAUCAAUAAGGGCAGGCAUUUGACGUAUAUUCGUAAGGGGCAUCUUGUUAACAAAUCCCAGCAUCUCAGUAGUGUAAUUUUAGCUUCAUCAACCAAAUAGCAAUUAGCAAAACAGGAAGGCAAGCCAAGCUCUCUCGAUGAUGGAUACGAGACUUCAUUGUUAUUUGGAGAAUCUGAGGGACCGUUUGUUUGUUGUCUUUUCUUUUGCGUUGCCAUCUUUUCCAAAUUCCAAUAAUAAUCUUCACGUAUCAUA